UAAACAAAGACUGUUCGUACAUUACCCACACGGCUCACCAAAUACCAGUAGUUGGCUAUUUGAUUUCAUCUCUACCACUCGGUAUCUGCCUAAUUAAAGCUACGACUUGUCUCCUCGUCGGCUACCAAAAUGGCAGCGCUCAACAGCACCACCAUCUUCUUUGCUAAAUCUGAGUUUCCGGCGGUCUUCCCGUCGUCAUCAUGUGGAAUGAGUAGUUCCUGCAUUGACUUUGACUCCAGACGGUUGUCUUUAGUGAGUAGGAAGAUGGACGCUGGGCGAUCGAAGUUGCGGCUUCGAUGUGCGAUUGGUGGCAGCAAUACCAGCGGUAACAGCAAUUGUAGCAGCAGCAGCGAUGGCAGUAAGAAUAAAGCGGUCCCUAAUUCCAAUUAUGUGGUGCCCUUGGAUAAAUCCUUCUCUUCAACAUACUCCUCCUGCAUCACUCGCCCCCUCGCCGAGAUCCUGCGUGAUCUCAACAAGAGGAUUCCCGACAAUAUCAUCAAACCAUCUUCCCCUGGAACCACCUUCAUCCCUUGGUACCAUGCCAACCGUAUGCUUAGCUUCUAUGCUCCUGGAUGGUGUGGAGAGAUUCGCGAUCUCAUAUUCUCUGACAAUGGAACCGUGACUGUGGUAUACCGUGUUACAAUACGAGGAUCAGAUGGCGAGGCCUACCGUGAGUCAACUGGCACAGUUUCAUCUAGUGAUGCCCUCAUUGCAGAUCCUGUUGCUGCAGCAGAGGAAAUAGCUUUCUGCAGAGCAUGUGCCCGGUUUGGCCUUGGCUUGUAUCUAUAUCAUGAAGACUAAAUCCCUGUAGACUGCAAGGAGGUACCUAUCUUGGGCAUGUCCAGUUAUUAAUCUUUUGAGAUAUCAGAAGAUUGUAUUCUAUUCCGCCCUUAUGACGUAGUGUAAAUAUCCAGCAUUCUCUGGUAAUCAAGUUUGGUUUGUUGGACCUGCAAAGGAAGAUUUUCUUAGUUACUCUUGAGAUAGGAAACAAUAUUUUUCAAUUAAAUAAUAAAAUGCUUGAUUAUUAAUAUAAAUUUGUAAGCCGCGAGAACAACCAUCUGAUACUGAAUGGUUGGGUGAUACUGAAUGCAUGAUGAGAAUUUCUUCUUCACAA